CCGUAUGAUAAUCGGGGCUGUCCACUAACUUUAGCUCGUAGUUCGGCCAUGGAUCUGUAGUUAUUCGCGCUUAUUUUUCCAUUAACUGUAAUACUCCGGAUACCAAACUGGCGUCCUCACAUCUCCAACUAACACGCGCCAAUGAUCUCAUAGACCAGAUCAAGCUCAAAGUGUUUCCUGCGUGGCGUGGAGCUGAAGGAGGUCAUGGUUGGGGCUGGCCUCAGUGUGUGAGGUGGGAGUCUGGGGAAGGGAGCCUGUCCCGGAGCCUUGAGUGUACGCUGUGGUGCGUCCUGUGUCUGGGAGGAAGAGAGAGACUCAGACAGGCCUUUCAGAAAGGGAAGGGUGCGUUCUGGCUGCCUGUAGACAUGCUGAGUGUCAGACUUCCACAGCUCUUUGACUUCCACCAGGUGCCAAAGGUGUUUCGGGAGGAGAGCAUAAUGUCUGGGUACCGCCAUCCCAGAAGCUCAGCCCUGGACUGCAUUCUCAGCAGUUUCAGGAUGACCAAUGAGACGGUUAAUAUCUGGACCCACUUCCUGCCAACCUGGUACUUCCUUUGGCGAUUCAGUGUGCUGUGCUUCACCCUUGACUUCCUGUCUGAAAGCUACACCUGGCCACUGCUGGUCUAUAUGCUUCUCAUCUGCCUUUACCCCUUCACCUCCAGCUGUGCCCACACCUUCAGCACCAUGUCACCUGAGGCUCGCCACAUCUGCUACUUCUUCGACUACGGAGCUCUCAGCCUGUACAGUCUCGGCUGCGCCAUCGCGUAUGGAUCUUACGUGAUGCCCGACUGCUGGGUAAACAGUUGGCUUCACCAGUGUUUUGUGCCGAUCGCCGUUGGCAACACACUCUUUUGUACCAGCAUGUCCUGUUACUCCAGGUUUAUAGAGCUGCAGUUUCCACACAGAAGUAAAAUCAUGCGUACAGCUGCAUUUGUUGUUCCCUUCCUGUUUGAUAGCUUCCCUCUGUUCUACCGAAUGCUGUUGUGCUGUUGGGGGAGCUGUAGCCCCAGUGAAGCGCUGGCCAGCCACUCGGAUCAUCUGCUCUUUGCGUUUCUCACAUGUUUUCUGUUUGCUUCUCAUCUCCCUGAGAGACUGGCUCCUGGCCGCUUUGACUACAUCGGUCACAGUCACCAGCUCUUUCACAUAUGUGCGGUGGUGGGCACCCACUUCCAGUUGGAGGCAGUGUUAGCGGACAUGACAUCUCGCAAAGGGUGGCUAAUGUCCCACUCAACUUUACCUUCCUUUUUGGGUACAUUGGGAGCACUAACUCUGGGUGUCCUGCUCAACAUGGCUGUCAUCGGCAUCUUUAGCGCCAGUUUACUGCAAACACCCUGCCAAAGCACUUCAGCCCCUAGUGCUGCCCACUCACAACAGGCACUUCUUGUGAGGAAGGAGGAGUAACUUUCAACCGAGCAACCACUGAGAGAUCCACACUUCUGCUCACUGUAAACCAGCACCUUUAGCGAAGUGCACACUACAAGACUAAAGGGCACACAUUGCGAUCUAAACUUGUCACAGACUUGUCGACAACUAAAAACAUUGAUGCAGUGUGCUUUAGUGUUGUGGUGUGCACUUGGCUUUUCUGGAAGACUUUAUUUCUAGAUUUUUAUAGCAAACAUAUACAGUCAUCUUCACUGAUAUAUAAGCUAUAUAUUUGUGUUGCUUGCUUUUGUACUAAAAUGUUGAACUAAAUUGUUUAUAUUAUUUGAGAUAAUUUAUCGUAGGUAGGUUGAUUUUAUAGUUACGGUUUAUUAUUUACGCCGAUAACCCUGACAUUAAUCAAGACCUUUCUGGUAUAUAGAUUUGUUUUUUAUUUUACCGAUAUAUGAAAGGUUGAGGGGUGAAUGACGCGAAUAUUAAAUGCUAUGGCUUAUAUUUUAACAUAAUAGUCUUGAAGGGCUUUUUUUAUUAUGAAAGUCAAAUAUCACUACUUAUAAAUGUUAUCAUAACAUUAACUGGAAAAUUAUUAAAUAGCAUUAAUCAGGGAUGUUAUAUUUGCAUUAAUAUCGUCAUUAACGUCAUUAAUGUAAUGAAUUGUAUUACUUUGCUCUUUAAAGGGAUAGUUCACCCAAAAAUAAAAAUUCUAUCAUCAUUUACUCACCCUUUUGCCAUCCCAGAUGUGUAUGACUUUCUUCUGCU